AUGACGAGUCGCCCAAGCUUAACUGGACUAUAAGGAGUAAAGCACAAGGUUGAAUUUGCGAAUCUUCGCUCGUUGAGCUAUCUACAGCACCAACAUGUUGAAAGAGUUGGUAAGGGAGCGACUCAUUGCGGCCGCCGACGAAAUCUUCGGACUGUUUGAAAGAACGAUCGCGUCGUACGAGGAGCAACUUGGUCGAGCGAGAGAGGAGACCGAGCGACACCGACGACAACUGGAAUCUGUUGGCGUGACUCGAAUUGUGGUACACGUGAAAGACCUCCAGCAGCAGUCGGGGGGCUCCAGUUUGGAGCAGGAGCAUCCACAACCCCUCCACCUUAAAGAGGAAGCGGAGCAUCCACAACCCCUCCACCUUAAAGAGGAUGUGAAGGAUCCACAGUAUGUUCGCAUCAAGGAGGAAGAGGAGAAGGCUGAGGUCACUGAGUUCCCACUGACCUGUGUUUCUGUCGGCAGUAAAAACUAUGAAGACGAACCAUGUGAGCCCUCGGAACUUCAUCGUCACAGUCUAAGUGGAGAUCAAUGUGGAAGACCACCACCAGAAAACCUUUUAGCUCCACUGUCUGACGGUGACGCCACUGAAGAAUCAUUGAGGCGCAACGACGACUAUGAAGGUGACAUCGGACAAUCGCAAUGCUCUGAGAUGGAGACGACUCCUGGCCGCAAGGAAACUUCACAGACAUGUAAUCGACGUUUUAGCUGCCCAGCUUGUGGUAAAACAUUUGUUAGCAAUUCAGCACUGAUUAUACACACAAGAAUUCACACAGGAGAAAAACCCUUUGGUUGCUCAGUUUGUGGUAAAGGUUUCACUUGCAAAGUAGGAUUUGUAACACACAUGAGAACACACAGUGGAGAAAAACCUUUUAGUUGUCCCCUUUGUCAUAAAAAAUUUUCUCGAAAGGAUCAUAUGGGAACGCACUUGAAAACACAUACAAGAGAAAAACCCUUUUGUUCCGUUUGUGGUAGAAAGUUUCCUCAUAAGUCCAGUUUGAAUAUGCACAUGUGUGCGCACGACACGGAGAGAAAAAAAGUUUUAUUACAGUAGUCCACCUUUUAAAUUAAUUGGUUUCUUCUGAAGGCUGUACUGGCUCUUUUAAAAAAAAAAAAAAAAAAAAAAAAAAAUAUAUAUAUUACACAAGUCAUUGUUUUCUUCAACGUACUAAACAGCGGAUACAUCAUCUUCGCUUUUACCCAAUGUUGGUAUCUGUACUGAUUUACUUUUGUGUGUGUGCGCGCGCAUGUGCACAUGUAUAAAUGCCACUGUCCGAAUUAUUCCAGACCUAACGGUGUGUUUUCAAAAUGUAAGCAUCACCUGUAAAAUGAUGCAAAAUCUAUAUAAAAUGUACAUGUACCAUAAUGUUUUUGUCUGUUUUAUUCUUUGCUUUGUGGACAAUUUCAAUUCUGAACCCUCUGCAACCUCGUGGAGGACGCUGAGUCGUGCCAACUUUGAAAUGUAAAACAAUUCUGCUAAAUUAAUAUGUUUUUGAUCUG